CGCGCUGAAGGCUCAGUCACGCACAUGUGAAAAAUGAAGUCCUCGUUUUUCUUCUUUUUCAUCCUCUGGUUUGCAGAUGCAGAGUUAAAACCCCGGACAGGUUCCCGGGUGGUAUGUACUUUCAAAGACAAGACAUACAGCCCAGGAGACAGCUGGCAUCCCUAUCUGGAGCCCUUUGGAUUCAUGUUCUGCAUGCGUUGUGUCUGCACAGAGACCGGCCAUGUGAAAUGUAACACAAUCAAGUGUCCUGCUCUGCCAUGUGAAAACCCAGUAGCUGAGCCUCAGCAGUGUUGUCCAAGAUGCACAGAUGCGCCCAGGAUCCCCGCAGGGUUGAGAGCUUCAGUGAAAUCCUGCAGGUAUAAUGGAAGUACUUAUCAGCCAGGGGAGACCUUCACAAAGCUCGACCUCUUCCCAUCCAAGCAAAGCAACCAGUGUGUUGUGUGCACGUGCUCUAAUGGAAACAUCUUCUGUGGUCUGAAAACAUGCCAACCAAUCACCUGUUCGUCCCCAGUUUCAGUCCCAGAUACCUGCUGUUUGGUGUGUAAAGAUCACGGCACAAGUGGGUCCUCAUCAGCUGAGGAUGGAAGCCAGCAACUGAACAGAGGCGUUAGGCAUUCAUUCGACCAGUGCUCUGGAGAGCAGAGCAGGGUGCGGUUCGACCGUGCCACUCCACCCAGGGUCAGAACUGCUCCUCGAGGCCUGAGCCUCAGUAAACUGAACCUCAGAGGAGCUUCAGAGACCACCGUGAAGAUUUUGUUGCAGAGGAAACACCAAAGAGCGUGUUUCUACAAUGGCAAGACGUACUCUCAUGGAGACAUGUGGCACCCAGUUUUGGGAAAGGUCCUGGAAUGCAUCUUGUGCACUUGUACUGAUGGCCUCCAGGACUGCAAACGCAUCACGUGUCCCAGCCAGUACCCAUGCCAACAUCCUAUGAAAUCAGCGGGAAAGUGCUGCAAGACUUGUCCAGAAAGUAAAGCUGAACGUAACCAGACCCAGUGUUAUCUCGGAUAUAAAAAUAACCUCUUGGUGUAUAAAGUAGACUCAUCUUUGAAAGUUGACCCUCCCAACACGGUUAGGAUUAUUGCUGUUGAAAGACAAAGCACUGCUGAGGUUGAAGUGCAAGUUUGGAAGACUGUUGAAGGUGUUUUACAAUUAAUGGAAAUUGGUGACGUUCAAAGAAAAGAUAUUGUGGAUCAUCCAGAAAACUUCACUUUACUUACGACACUUGAUGAAGAUACGUGGAGAAAGUUUAAAGCCGAGGGAGAAAAUCUGAAUACAACUCCUCAGACCACAAUUUGUGAAGACGGCAUUCGGGAGAUGGUGACUUUCCUAAAUCCCAAGCAGGUAGAAGACCCGUGUUCACCCUGAAGGUUUUUCCUCCUUUAACACUCUUUAUAUCGAUAUUCCCAAUAACUGCAUGGUUAUAAUACAGUACCUACUUUAUUCAUACAUGUUGCACUUGGAUGUCCUGCAUCAUUCCUGUAAUACAAGUGGCAUUUCUCAUUUAUAAUGUUUAUUGAUUGAUACAUUGUUGUCCAUCAAGUUUUAAUCAUCACAUAUUUUAUAUGUAACAUAUUAGGUUACAAAACACAGACUAUAGCAGUGUUUGAUAACUGUCAUAGUCAUACACAUUAUGAGAUUGAGUGGAUUUACAUCAGAGACAGUGAGCAUCUAUUGAACUCAAACAAACCCUUUGCUUUAACCAUAUGAAAAUAAUCCGUAUUGUAGAAUAUGUUAUGCAAGGGGCCACUUUCUGUUCUGAAUGUAAAGGGUUUUUUAAGGAUGUUAUAUGAUCAUCAACAUAUUUAUUGUAAAUACAAACUGAGGUUUUGUCGCUUAUUUAAAGCGCAUUGGUUCUUGUAUGAUUUCUCUGUAUAUACAGUUGACUGUCUGAAUGUUUAGUAGCACGUGGUGUUGGGGUUCGUUCUGCCAGUGGAUACACCGCUGCGUCACAACUGUGUAUUUGUUAGUGAGAAAACAGCCUUUUCGAAUUCGGACGGAUGUCAACAUAUAGACUUUUUUUUAAUGCAGCCACAGGAUUCGGUUUGAUAUCAUAGCCUAAUGGCAUUCUACAACUCCACACACCAGGAAUAUUUGUAUUUUAAAGUGGUCAUAGUUGAUGUAGCUGAAUGCUCUCUGUACAUCUGCUCACAUCCCAUAAAGCUUUCUCAUUGUU